GGGAGUGUAUAAUAAGAAUAUAUUAGAAGUAAAGGUAGAUUGUGUGUAUAUGUCAAAUUUGUUAUGCUUUACUGAUUUUUAUAAGGUAUUAUAUUUAUUGGCUUGUGGUGGUCUACAUAAAGUUGAUCUUACAAAUUUAGCAUCAGAUAAACUUCAUCUCCCUCAGAUUAUGAAGGAUACUCUUGAUGAUAUGUGA